CAUAUCUCGCCGAUUUCCCCCUCGACUAGACAGGUCUGAAGGUGCAUGUCUAGCCUACCUAAAAACCACAUUCACUUAUUAACUAAUAAAAGUGUGUGAACUAUGGGUCGUUUCGGUGUCACCGCGUUGGGUUUCUUUGCGCUGGUUGUCGCAAGCUUUACGACACGAGCGGCGAAAUUGCCGAGCAGUUUCAAGAGAUGCCACAAGAGCGAUCCACAUUUUGACGACUGUCUGGUUGUGAACAUCGAGGAUGCCAUCAGAAAGCUGAAGAAUGGUGCCCCUGAACUUGCGCUGGACUCCUUCGAGCCCCUCCUCAUUUCGGAGCUGGUCAUCGGCGAGGGCUCCGGGCCCGUCAACGUCCAGCAGAACUUCAAAAAUGUCAGAUUGCACGGCCUAACUGGCUCCAAAGUCCUGGCGGAGAAGGCAAGUUUAGACCAAAACAUGCUGUUUGCGCAGUCCAUUACGCCCAUGUUGCGCCUCGAAGCCGAUUACAACAUGAAAGGACGGGUGCUUUUGUUGCCGAUUUAUGGGGACGGACCUUGUAACGUCACUUUGGUUAACACCAAAAUCAACCACACCCUCAUCGGCGAACCCUUCGAACGCAAAGGAAAAACCUUCCUGAAGUGGGUGAACUACACCGUCACCCUCCGCCCAGAAAUCGUCCAGUUCAAUUUCGCUAAUUUGUUCAACGGAGACAACCGCCUCGGUGACGAAAUCAACCGAGUUCUCAACGAAAACUGGGACGCGGUUUUCGGCGACGUGAGAGCAGGCUACGAAAAAAGUUUCGGAAUCAUCUUCCAGGAUCUAGCCAACAGAGUUUUCACGAGAGUACCAACGAAAGACAUCUUUUUAGAUUAAUUCUGUUUCUGUAUCUAGAAAUGAAAACUGGAUGUAGUAAAAUAGUCGGGUCGUGAUGAUGGUAGAUGUAGAGUAGAAACCUGCAACAGACUGUAUUUAACUGUAAUGUAACUCUAAUGUGUGUAUAUUUAGCGAAUUUGAUAUUUUAUCUAAUAAAAUUAUUAUUUGUUUCUUUUAAAA